AUGUGUUUCAGGACACUCGUGAAUAAUGGCGAUGAGAAUCCUGACCGUGGAAACUGGACCAACAAAACAGAAUACAUCCUCUCUAUGAUCGGUUAUGCCGUCGGAUUAGGAAAUAUCUGGAGAUUUCCAUAUAUGGCCUAUAAGAAUGGAGGGGGUGCUUUUCUCAUUCCCUAUUUAUUGAUGUUGGUUUUGUGUGGAAUUCCUCUUUUCUUCUUGGAAAGCGCCAUUGGUCAGUUCUGCAGCCAAGGUCCCAUCAACAUGUGGAGAGCAGUUCCAGUGCUGCAGGGUGUUGGCUUGUCAAUGGUUAUGGUGAAUGCACUGGUAUCAAUUUACUAUAACGUCAUCAUCGCCUACAGCCUGUACUACAUGUUCGCCUCCAUGCAGUUUCCUCUGCCGUGGUCCAGCUGCUCCAGCUGGGCUGACAGAAAAUGCAGCAGUUUACCUAAAGUGUAUUGUAAUGUGAGUGGUGUGUUGAUGACCAACUGGACUCAGGAAAACAUCACUUGUCCUUCAUCUAACAAGAUCACAGUUUCAGUGGAGAGCCCAAGUGAGCAGUACUGGGAUCAUGUAGCUCUGCAGAGAUCCAGUGGUCUGGAUGAAACAGGACCAGUAGUUUGGCAUUUGGCUCUCUGUCUGCUGCUGAGCUCCAUCAUUGUUGCUGCAGCACUCAUCAGAGGCAUCAAGUCAUCAGGAAAAGUUGUGUAUUUCACAGCUACAUUUCCUUAUGUAGUGAUUUUAAUUCUACUGAUCAGAGGUGUGACACUAGAAGGAGCAAGAGAUGGUAUAGACUUCUAUAUUGGUUCCCAGUCCAAUCUGACUAAACUGACUGAAGGACAGGUCUGGAAGGAUGCAGCGACUCAGACUUUCUUUUCCCUGUCCAUUGCUUGGGGUGGAGUUCCAACCCUUGCUUCAUAUAGCAACUUCCACAACAACAUGUUCCUGGAUUCAGUUAUUGUAACUGUCAUUAACGAUGGCACUAGUGUGUUUGCAGGCUUUGCCAUCUUUUCAAUCUUGGGACACAUGGCGCAUGUCUAUGGAAAGCCUAUUGGAAAUGUGGUGAAAGAAGGGUUUGGCCUGGCAUUCAUUGCGUAUCCAGAUGCUCUGGCUAAACUUCCUAUUUCCCCGCUAUGGUCCAUUUUGUUCUUCUUCAUGCUGCUGACUGUUGGUCUGGACUCCCAGUUUGCAGCAAUAGAGGUGAUCACCACGUGCCUGUUGGAUGCCUUCCCUAACAUCCUCAAAUCCAAACGUGCCGUCGUGACUAUACUGACAUGUAUCAUUGUCUUCCUCUUGGGCCUCCCAUGUGUGACAAGGGCAGGAAUAUACUGGGUAACUCUAAUCGACCAGUUUGUUGCCAGCUGGGUGAUGCUAAUUUUGGCUCUCAUGGAGAUCAUUGGCUUCUGCUAUAUAUACGGCGUGAACCGUUUUAUCAAAGACAUUGAGAUGAUGAUUGGGAAAAAGAGCUUUUGCUUCUGGCUGUGGUGGAGAGCUUGUUGGCUCUUCCUCACUCCCUGCAUCAUAGCGGUGAUCCUGGUGUGGUCUCUGGUCAUCUUUGUGCCCCCCACCUAUGGAAAAGUGCAGUACCCAGCCUGGGGUUUGGCUCUGGGCUGGAGCAUGGUUGCAUUCGUCCUCAUCUGGAUCCCUGUCAUUGCUUUCUAUAAAGUGAUAAAAGCAAAGGGAAACUUCUGUAAGGUGAUAUCAUUGUGCUCUCCAUCUGAGGAAUGGCAUCCCUACCUGGACAUCCACAGAGGAGAACGCUACUCAAAAAACACUGCUGCUGAAGAAACUGUGUCAGACAAUAAAACAGAAGAUAAGAAAAUGUAAAUAUAACAUCUACCACAUGACAGUGUUUACACCCUGAUAUAUAUUGAUUUGUUAAAUACAACACUCAUAGUAAAAUACGGUGAUGAUUCUGUCCAUGCCAGAUACUUAAAAUCAAAUGCGCGACUAAAUGUCACAUGCAGCUCAUGGCUUUGGAUGUAUAAACAGACAAACAUAUGUGUCAUUGUAGCUCAAGGCAAUACAAAGUCAACAUGUCUGCCACAUUAGAUUAAUCUAUAUUCUGCUGUUAUCCAUUUACAGUAUUUAGACCGUUAGCUGGUGUGUUUAAGUUGUCAUCUUUUCAGUUAUCUCCUUUUCAACAUAUAAUGAACUAGUGUCAGCUUUCUAACAGCAAUUGUCUGAGACUUCACGACUGAAAUGGUUUGAAUUCCAUCACAGUUUAUCUUCUUAAUCUACCAUCAUCAAAUGUCUUUCAUUGUUCAAGACUAUGUUAGAUCAAACUCUUUUCAGAGUCUGUGAACAUAUCAGGUGGUCAUUGCUUCUUAGAGCUCAGGGGCUCUAAGGUCUUGUGAGCUCAAGGGCCCCUUGUGUCGUUAUUCUUUCAAGAGCUCCAUCUGGUGGAUAUUGGGCCUUAAAAAAUCCAGGCUACAAUGACUACACCUUGUACUUUUUAACUGAAGAUCUUUUCUUGCAAUUUAACCAAAUUAGUUCAAAUGUAUUUCAUUGUCCUCUAUUGCCCUAUUCCUGUGGUUCUCUCUGACCACUCUUCUUCCAAUUUAGCUCCAUUUUGUUAUACAUACCGGCAAAUUAAUGUCUUCUUGGCCCAUAAAAACAGAUUUUUUUGCUGUGUUAACUCAAUGUCUUUUGCAUCAUACAGGAUUAAGAAUGUAAAAGUUAAUAUUUAAUUAUUUAACAAAAAUAACUAAUCUUGCAUCACUACAAAAUCACAUCUAAGCAAAGGUUUUGCAUGUAUAUAAUCCUUUCAAAAAGACCCCAAUUCCUUAUUUCUGAGUCACAUUGGUGAUGACGUUGGUUAAUGAUAAAAAUAAAUAACAAUAAAGCAACUCAGUGUAUUUUCACCAACAGAUACACAUUCUUCAGAAUGAUCAAUGAAUGUUUUAGAAGCUAAUCAACAUUUCUAUUAAAUCUCAAUACAAAUAAAUGACUAGUUCAACAGAGAGAGCAAAUUUAGAAUACAACACCCUCUAAAUGCUGUUCUGCUCAUUUAAAUAUAAAUAUAUUUAAAUAUGUAGUUAAAGGGACAUUUGCUGUUUUUAAACAUUUACAAUGUAUUUUUUAAAGCUCUGUGUGUUGAAAUACAUAACAUAUAUUUAGACAGUUUGUUAUUAUCAAACAGAACUUUGAUAACAGUGAUACAUUUAUUUUGCUUGCAAAUAUUAUGUUGAGGUAUUGUUAUUAGAAAGUUUCCAGUGAUUUUCUUUUUUGAUUGCGCUUUUUGUUUCCUUUGAUCUUCCUUCUAUUUGAAUUUUCCUCAUUUUAUUGAGAGCAGUCACACUGAAGGGACAAGGCACUUAGUAUUUGUGCUGACAAAUAAUAAUAAAAUAUAUGUACAAAGUAGUUGUGUGUGUACUUGUAACAAUGGGAAUAGGGCUUCAUGAGCGUUAUCUAUAUUUUCAGUUAAUAGAUUGCCAAAAAAAUCUCUGCUGUUGCCUUCGUCUUUCUUCUGCCGUAUUUUUACUGCUUUUAUGUUGACUUUUGUCAUGGCUUUAUGUGUGUGUUGUGACUACUACUGUGUUUAAUAGACUUGUUUAUCUUGACUUGUUCUACAGUCCAUUUUCUUGCUGUCUUGCCAUACAUAAGGAGAGUGAAAAGAUGAAGAAACGUUUUGUCACUGAUGAUUGAUGUUCAAAGAUAAUUAUCAGCAAA